AUGCAACCAUCGACACUCCUUGCACUUGUCGUCCGCAUAUCCAUCGCUCUCGCGACACGAACAUUCUUCCAGCCAGACGAGUACUUUCAGUCGCUAGAGGUUGCACACCACCUCGUCUUUGGAUAUGGGCACCUGACGUGGGAGUGGCUGUCGCCCAAUCCCAUCCGAAGCAUCUUCUAUCCGGCGCUGAACGUGCCGGUGUAUUGGUUGCUGAAAGUAUUGAACUUAGACAGCACAAAGCUUUUGAUCUGGGCACCAAAAGUGCUGCAUGGCGUGUUCGCCGCCGUGACCGACAUUUGGCUUUGUGAACUGACCAGGAAAGUGCUUGGGGAGAGGUAUGUUUCUGCGGCCCUAUUUCUCUCCUUGACGUCUUUCUUCCACGGCCUUUCGCUGUCGCGCUCGAUAUCAAACUCUCUCGAGACUUCCUUGACCGUGGUCGCUCUGAGCUAUUUUCCAUGGGAUGCAGCUGCGUCGUUUCGGAGGGAUGUACGGAAGGUGUUUAUGUUCGCUGCUUUGGCGUGCGCCGUUAGACCGACGAGCGCUGUUAUCUGGGCGUACAUGUUCGCCACGCUGAUUUUACGGGUGCGCCUGCAACCGCGCUAUGUAUACUCUUUAUUGGUCGACGUGCUGGCCAUUGGUGGGAUCGCUCUCUCUGUCCUCUUUGUCUUAGAUUCUGCUUACUACGGUACACCUACGUUUACGCCGCUCAAUUUCCUCCGCACGAAUCUCUCUUCGGUGUCUCUUUUCUACGGCUCGAGUCCAUGGCACUACUACUUUACUCAAGCGAUUCCGAUACUGUGCACAACAGCUCUUCCAUUUGUAGCGCAUGGUGCGUGGCUUAUCAGCGGUUUUUCUGGUUCGGCAUCACAGACUCUGCUGGGGCUCCUUGCUUGGACAAUCGGCGUCUACUCUCUGGCGGGUCACAAGGAAUGGCGAUUCAUCCAUCCGCUGCUGCCAGUGAUGCACAUAAUGGCGUCAAAGUCCCUCGUAGAUUCGUUUGACGCCGCAAAACCAAGAAGCGGUGCGGACAACGCCCAUUCUGUCACCCUGCCUAUCCGCGGACGACACCUUUCCUUGUUACUCCUUGCACUUCCCGCCAUAGCCUACGUCUCGCUCUUUCAUUCCCGGGCCCAGAUUGGCGUGAUGGAUCAUCUCCGGAGCCUUCCGACGCAAGACGUGCUUUCCGUUGGCUUCUUGAUGCCUUGCCACUCGACACCAUGGCAAGCGUACCUUCACCGACCGGAAUUGGCGAUUCCAGGGAUGCUGUGGGCUCUAGGUUGCGAGCCGCCCCUUCUGGGUGAGGAUGUUUCCGUCUACGAGGAUCAAACUGAUAUCUUCUACGAUUCUCCCGCUACGUACUUCCGGACGUACUUUCCGAGCGCAGUCGACCCAACGUUUCCGCCUUCUAGUUUUCCGUGCACCACUCCGGCAAGCGAUAUCUCCGAGUCCGAACGGUGGUCCCACGAAUGGCCGCAACAUGUUGUGAUAUUUGGGGCCUUAUUGGAUAUGCCGGAGGUGCGAGGCCUGUUGGAAGGCUUCGGAUACGCGGAAAGCUGGCGCAUGGGCGGCUGGGAAGCUGAUGUUCGGAGACGGGGAGGUAUCGUCUAUGACACAGGCUUGGCUGGGCGGCGUCGAGCUCGGGCGUCUUCGGGCUGGUUGGGGGCUGGAUGCGUUCCGAAACGUCCCUCGUUUAUCUGCGAGCUCACCUGUUCCACCAUGUCCGCGUCCUCGCUUCCUCCCGAGCUGUGGUUACACAUUUUCCGGUGCGCGACGAUAUCGCCUUUGACUGCCUCGCUACGCGCGACGACGUACAGCCCGUUCGGGACGGCGUUCAUCGACGCGCAGGACGAGGCGCUGCGGACGAAGGUAGUGCUUGUCCGCGUCUGCAGACAGUGGAGGAGUCUAUCCCUCGACCUUCUGUACGAAGAUGUGCGGAUGAAGCGACCAGAGAACUUGCCCGACGCCUUGGUCGCAGAGAACGGGGGGAAGUACGCAGAAUAUCGACGGUGGGUGCGCCGUGCAUACCUGCCCUUCUCCGGGUCAGCGACGAUCAGCGCAAAGCGGCUGAGGGCCGUCGAGAUCCUGAACGAGUGCCCGCAGCUGGAGACACUCGUCCGCCUCAGCCCCCUCUCUUCCGAGGACCAGAUGCGCAUGCGUUUCGAGUUCGAGGCGGACUGCCCCGCCAUGCCGUCUCUCAAACGCCUCGACUGGUGGCACCACAACGAGGCCGCUGCGACGGGCGGGAUCAACUCCCUUGCCGACGUCCUCCACGCUGCGCCCAACGUGCAGUAUCUCUCGCUCGGGGGCGAUGUCUGGCUCAACUUCAUGCAUUCACCCCUCGUCUCGCUGCCCUACCUGUCGACGCUUCGCAUCAUGCGCAUGAACGUGCUGUUCGUCCAGCAGAUCUGCCGCUGGUCGCUUCCGGCGCUGGAGCACGUCGUCGUGGACAAGUUCGUUAACGUCGGGACGCUGUCUGCGUUCUGGGAGACGUACGGCGCGCAGCUGCGAUCCAUCGAGCUCGGCGCGGACCUCAAGUACUACAUAUACGACAUUAUCUCGUUCGUCCUCCCGAGCUGCCCCAACGUUGAGGAGCUCUAUUACUACGUCAACUUCACUGCCAAACCGCGCCCGUUGCGCGAGCCUCACCGCGCGCUGACCACGGUCGCCCUGCACGCGCUGGAGAACGGAGUCAUGCCUGUUGGCACCGAGGCGUUCUGGGAGCAUCUGGAGCAGCAUAUCUCUGUACUGGACGCAGAGUCGUUCCCCGCACUUCGAAAGGUGGUGCUGCACGGUGACUGGAGUGGAGUUGUCGAAGAUGCUCAAUUCGUUCGUCUGGUUCAGCCUCUGCGCGAGCGUGGCUGCAUACUGGAAACGUCGAUGGAUUGA